GUACAACAGGUCUCUUGCAAGCAGGCAUAACAUAUCUGGAGCGGAGACGAUGAAUGAUGAUGUACAGCGCCGCCUAAUUGCUGGAAUUACCCGAACGGCAGGGCAAAGAAGGCCUCCGGUGCGCAGUGCAGUCUUCAAGGCAACGUGCCGCAUUUUGUACCAUUGCGCUUGAUAUCACCGUUUCCGUACCCAUCAAUGAAUGGCUGAGAUUUGAUUCGAGAAGAACGAGGAAAUGGAACCCGUGCGAAUUAGAAGUAGAAAUAUCGCCACAGUUCCGACCUGAACCGAAGAAGGAUUACACCCAACAAAAGUUGCCCUUGUUCCGCCCCAGUCACCGUUCGACUCCCCCCCUCCCCCCCCUCUCUACUGUUAGGAUCUGAUGGCGGGGCGUUAUGACAGCGAUCCCUUCCAGGAAGAAGACGUUAAUCCCUUCGCGGAAACUGGAAGACGUGGAAAAGUAGCUGGAUCAAAUUAUGGAGGAGGUCCACUAAGUUCAGCAGAUUUGAAGAAAAAGGAAAGAGAAUUACAAGCCAAGGAGGCUGAAUUAGAUAAGAGGGAAAAGGAACUGAAACGUAAAGAAGAGGCUGCAGCACAAGCUGGCGUUGUUAUGGAUGAGAAAAAUUGGCCACCUUUUUUUCCUAUUAUUCAUCAUGAUAUUGCAAGUGAGAUACCCAUCCACUUGCAAAGAUUGCAGUAUCUUGCAUUUGCUUCAUUGUUAGGCUUGACAGCAUGCCUCUUUUGGAAUGUCAUAGCAGUUACAACAGCAUGGAUUAAAGGGGAAGGUGUCAAGAUCUGGUUCCUUGCAAUCAUCUACUUCAUCUCUGGUGUCCCAGGUGCAUAUUUUUUGUGGUAUCGGCCUCUUUAUCGUGCCAUGAGGACUGAGAGUGCUUUGAAUUUUGGAUGGUUUUUCCUGUUUUACUUGCUUCACAUUGUUUUUGUCAUAUAUUCUGCUGUCGCUCCUCCAAUUAUUUUCAAGGGAAAAUCUUUAACAGGUAUUCUGCCAGCAGUGGAUCUUAUCAGCAGUAAGGUUUUGGUUGGGAUUGUGGGAAGAUGGAAGAAAAUACUGUGGUUAUUGAGAUGGGUAACAGCAGUUGUGCGGCACGAAAGGAAGGAUGAAGAAAAGGAUCACAAUGGUCAAGAUUUUCUAUUUCGUUGGGUUUGGCUUGUUCUGCCUCGAGUCACUGCUCAGCGUUUGGGUCAUGCAGAAAGUAUAUAUGUACUUCCGAGGGAGCGGAAAGGCUGCAGAAAUGAAGCGGGAGGCAGCACGUGGUGCUAUGAGGGCGGCAAUAUGAUUAUUGUAUUUAGAAUCACUUGCUUUCAAUGGCCACUGUCUGAUUGGAAGGCAAGAAAUGCUCUUGAUCAAGCUGAUGCUUUGCAUGCUUGAUUUCUUGGUCAUUCAUGUCUUCAGAUUAUUGUCAGGCAUCUACCUUGCAUGAGCACUAAUUUGAGUACACUGUCCUUUUUCCAAAAAUUUACUGGGGAAGUUUGUAUCUGCUAUGGCUUCUUUGAAGCCUCUUCUUGAUUGUGUUAACCAUCUGAUUUCUUCCUACCACAGUAGUGACUGUUCCUGUUACGGUGGUCGAUGUGCUAUCGAAAAUAGUUUGUAGAUA